GACAAGAAAGAUACUCCUCAUCUCAUUUUCAUUCCCCUAUAAAUACCAAACACUUGUCUUUACAAAUUUCAAACACUCAGUAAAAACCAACAAACAUAAAAAGAAUCAAAAAAAAAAAAAAACAAACAAACAAAAGAAGAAGAAUGGAGAAAAGAGGUCAUCCUUUACUUAGAGGUGGAAGAAGAGAAACAAAAUAUAGUCAUAAGUUUUCUUCAUCUCAAAUGGAAACUUUGUCUGCCAUUUCUGAAACUUUUCUUCCUUUAAAUUCUCUUCAAAAUAAUGGUCAGAAAAUUCAAUGCUUUCAUCAAGUUUCUGGCUCUCAAUAUCCAAUUCCUGAUGAGGUUGCAGAGGUUGUAAUGAAAAGGGGUUUUUUUGAAGCAAGAAUCUUGGUGUUGGGUUUGUUGAAAAUUCUAUCAACAAGAAUUGGGACAUUGUUAAUUUGUGGAUUGUUUUGUUUUGGAAAAAGUUGGCCUUAUAUUAACAAAUUCUCUGAUAUUCCACUGGAAAAAAGAGAAAUUGUGGUGCAGAAAUGGUUAAAAAAUAGAUAUUUAACUCCUAUUAGAUUGGCAUUUGUGUUCAUCAAGUUCUUGUGUCUCUAUGUCUUCUUUACUCAGGUUGGUGAAGAUUCUAAAAAUCCAGCAUGGGAUGACAUGGGAUAUCAAGUAGACAAUGAGGAGAAUUCUUCAGAAACACCUGAUGAGAGAAGACCUCUCGAGAAGGGAAUCGUCGAGACGAUGUAUGAGACAGAAUCAAGCAUUGUCAAAUCCCUUGUCCAAAAAGGCCUAAAAGUCACAGAAGACACAGAAGACAACGUGUACAAGGUUCAAUGUGAUGUUGUCAUUGUUGGUUCAGGAUGUGGUGGAGGUGUUGCAGCAAGUGUUCUUGCAAGUUCUGGACAGAAAGUUGUCGUUGUCGAGAAAGGAAACUACUUCACCAAAUCAGACUAUUCGUCCCUUGAAGGACCAUCCCAGAGUCAAAUGUAUGAAUCAGGAGGAAUACUCGCAACGCUGGAUGGUAAAGUUAUGGUCAUGGCAGGUUCAACAGUUGGUGGUGGCUCAGCUGUUAAUUGGUCAGUCUGCAUUAAGACCCCUGAUUCCGUUAUACAAGAAUGGGGCGACGAUAAAAGAAUCCCAAUGUUCCAAAGCCCUGAGUAUGUAUCAGCUAUGGACAAAGUUUGUGAACGACUCAACGUGACAAAAGAGUGCACACGAGAAGGUCUUCAGAAUCAAGUUCUCCGAAAAGGGUGUGAAAAGCUCGGUCUUGAAGUUGAAGGCGUGGCAAGAAACUCAUCCGGGAAUCAUUAUUGUGGCUCGUGCUGCUACGGAUGUAGAAGAGGUGAUAAGAAAGGAACUGAUACAACUUGGCUGGUCGAUGCUGUGGACUGUGGAGCAGUGAUUAUGACAGGAUGCAAAGCUGAGAGAUUCAUAUUAGAAAAGAACAAGUAUGGGAAAACAAGAAACAAGAAAUGCUUAGGAGUCAUUGCAAGUAGUUUGAAUAAAGAUAUCACUAAGAGGAUAUGUAUUGAGGCCAAGGUGACCAUUUCUGCUUGUGGUUCUCUUUUGACACCACCACUUAUGAUAUCUAGUGGAUUGAAAAAUCCAAACAUUGGCCGAAAUCUCCGUCUUCAUCCAGUCAUAAUGGCAUGGGGGUACUUUCCUGAGUCCAAUUCAGACCUCAAGGGAAAAAUACAUGAAGGCGGAAUCAUUACCUCAAUGCACGAAGUUAGGAGUUAUGAUUCCGAUGUAAGAGCUAUUAUAGAAGCACCUGCUUUAGGACCGGGAUCAUUCGCUGCUUUAUGUCCUUGGGUAUCUGGAGAGGACAUGAAGAAUAGGUUACUCAAGUAUUCAAGAACAGCUCAUUUGUUUGCAAUGGUUAAAGACGUAGGAUCGGGAAAAGUCAGGUCAGAAGGAAGAAUAAGCUACACGUUUGAUGCCGCAGACAAAGAAAAUUUGAAGCACGGGCUAAGACGAGCUUUAAGGAUCUUGAUAGCAGCAGGAGCUGAUGAGGUAGGCACUCAACAAAGCGAUGGACAGAGAAUCAAAUGUAAGGGAAAAGGUGAAAAAGAAAUCGAGGUGUUUCUUGACACGGUCACAGCAGCUGAGGGGCCAAAGUCACUUGUAAAGGAUUUCACAACUUACUGUUCUGCCCAUCAAAUGGGAAGCUGCAGGAUGGGAAUGAGCGAAAAAGACAGUGCAGUCGAUGAGAACGGAGAGAGUUGGGAAGCAGAUGGACUAUUUGUUUGUGAUGCUAGUGUCCUUCCAGGCGCUGUUGGCGUAAAUCCAAUGAUCACUAUCCAGUCCACUGCAUAUUGCCUGUCCAACAAGAUAGCAGAGAUGAUAAAAGUAGGAAAAUUCUCUAGAUAAGCUUUCCUCUAUUCGUCCUCUUUAUCUAUAUACUGUUUCGAUACACAUUUGUUAUGCCUUGUCCUUCUUUGAAUGUGCAUAUAUUUGUAAUUUGCAAUGAAAUUUUAGCGCUCUUUCAUUCUUAACGAGUAAGAUAUGUGUAACUAGUACAGAUAAAGAGGAUAUCAAUAAACAAAGUAUUCAUGUUUUGUCCUUUC